AUGGAAGCUCAUCACUGUACAGAUUGUGAUUUUAGGACGGAACUGCCACUUGUGCUUAAACAACACAUUAAUAAACAUCACGGCCCUAAGAGAGAUUCUAGUGAAGAAACAUCUAGUGAGGAAACAUCUAGCAUAGAAAACUACAGUUCCGCCAUAUAUUACUUUGAGCCAAACCUGUCGUUAAAGUCGUUUCAGCAUACUUCAACAUGCACAGAAACUAAAGAAAAUCUUCAAAGUGUGAAUUCCUUGAAAGAGAGUGCCACAUACAAUUCCGACAUCAAGCAAACUGACGAAAUACUGUAUUAUUGUGCCGAAUGUCCCUACAAAUGUAAAGCCAAAGGAUAUUUAAAUAAACACAUUAAGGCUUUCCAUUCGCACCGUUGGUAUGCAUGCGACAAGUGUCCAUAUAAAAGUAGAUGGACAGGAAAUCUAAAAGUCCACAUAAAUACAGUCCACUUAGAUGAACAUGAAGUUAAAUGGUACAAGUGCCAAAAGUGUCCAUUCAAGACCAAAACAAAAUCGAAUUUAAACCAACACAUAAUUGCGAGACAUUUAGACGACGCAAAAAUUAAGUGGUACGAAUGUCAAAACUGUUCGUACAGAGCCAAAACGGCGAAAGAUUUAAGAAGUCAUACAAUUUAUAAUCAUUUGGAUGAUGAAGAAAUUAAGUGGUACCACUGCGAAAGCUGUUCAUUCAAAGCUAAAACAAAAAGUGAUUUAAGACGGCAUGUUAAAAUUCAUUUGAAAAGCAAAUAG